AUGCAUCGCUUUCGAAAGAACAAGAAGGUCAAGGAGACCUCGGACGAGCUGGAGAAGGUCUCGUCAGCCUCAAGUUCGCCAUUCAGCUUGAAGACCUCAAAAAAGAAGGAUGAUUCGGCGGAGUCUCAAUUCGAAUUGGACCUGUCGGACGCUCUGCCGUCGUCGGAUGAUUUUCGCACGAGUUUGCUCAUGCCAAAGUUGUCGGCUCGGUUCAGCAUGUUGCGAGAACAGGACGAUCCGGACACCCUAGUCGGAAAGGCCAGUGACGAUAGCGUCCUCUUUCCGAAACGGGCCUCGCGAGCGAACGUCUUUGGGAACAACGCCGGUCUCUUGACGGAUAUCGAUGAGAUUUCUUCCAAUGAUGGCAGUCGCCCUUCCAUUGCCCUCGGACGGGCUGACUCGGACGCAUCUGCAUUCGAUGGAGGACAUGCGAUCGAUGAUGACCGGUCACAGAGCGGCAGCAUGAUGAGCCGCGCUCGUCGCACCGAAGGGAACAACCUGUUCGGUGGCCGCCAAAAGGUCUAUCGCAUUCCGGUUCGAUCCCCCGCAGGAACAGAAGCGGAGUCCACCGAGCCCAACCGGGGAUUAGGCAAGUUUGUCUACGAGCAUGACCUCAACAUGUCGGCAUUCCAAAAACUGCGGCUCAAGGAGAAAGAAGAGCAGCGGCUUGCGGAACAGAGUGCUCAGGCAGAGGCCGCUCAACAAACAGCGACGCUAGGACUCGAGGACAUGGGUUCUCUACCCGCAACUGCUUCUGGUCCUGCCACUGAAGCCUCUGCUUCAACUGUCGCAAUGAAUGCGGUUGACGAAGCCCCGCCCGCUGCUUCUCAACCGUCGGUGGACUCCGACACCCCAAGCUCAGGAGACACUCGCUCCCCAUCUGCCAUGUCUAACCCUCGGAACGGAUCAGUUCGUUCUCGGCGCUUGUACGGCCAGGGACUCAACCAAACCGCCCAGAACCAGCAAUCAUCGACUUUGAACCGCUUGGAAAAUCUCAGUCGCCAGCGUGGAUCGCCCACCCCCGAUUCGCUCCCACUGAAUCGCAAUUUCUCCCGUUCCGCGGGCAGUCUUCGCGAUCGCCUCCAGAAGCUGAACACCAUUGAAACCACUACGACUCCCUUGCCGGUAAGCCCGCCCUCUUCGACCACAUCCAUCAAACCGCCUACGAUCCCCGAGGAUGCGACGACCGACCAUCCCUUGCCAUCGAGUACCGGCUCUGGAGUUAUGCCUCCGCGAAUUCCUCCAUCAGAUGAGGUGGACGAAAAGAAUCGCCUCCUGGCAGCAGCCCUGAGUCCUGACGACCACGGAAAGGCGACUGCCAUGGGCUUGUUCAACCGUGCUGCCACAGGGUUUGAUGAGCAGCAGUUCAUGCGCCGCCAAUUGCAGAUGCACCAAAGCCACAACCCUGCUUUCCCUCCGCAGCGACCACCCCCGAUGAACCGCGCUUUGCCGCAGGAACCGACCAGUCGUGCUCGGGGUCUUUCCAAAUCUAGCCAUCGCUCUCGAGCUGAGUCGGCUUCAUCCAAUUACAGUAAUGGUAUCGGUCGAUCUCGAGCAUCCAGUGUCGAGGCCUCGCCCGGGCGACCUGGCAUGACUACAUUUUACGCCAACUCAACUGCGAGUAACUCUACCGAGGACGUGGAUGAUCGCCGCUCAUACGAAGUCUCGUCGGUGACCACGAUGACUACGGAUGCUGGCCACUCGUUGCACCAAACCAGCACUGCUUCAAAGCCUUCAUCACCAACCAACGAGCCGCUGGAGACUCUUCCUGAAGUCAGGUACUCUGACUUGAGGGAUCUCAAGCCCAUUGAGGAGAGCCAAGACGUGAAAGAGCACGUCGCACCUGCCCAGACCGAUGCGGCUACUCCUCAGCGGCCAGACUCGCCAACAUUUGGACUGAACGGCUUCAUCCGUUCUCACCUGCGCCAAGUUAGCGAUCAGUCAUCCAUCUAUCCGCCGCCUUCUCCGGGUCUCACACCAAAAGAGUCGGGCUCAACCUAUCCUUCGGCAGGUGGUGCUGUCUCCGAAGUGAGUACUCCGGCGACCACGCCCGAUGACACACUUUCGGGUCUCAAUCAAAGUAUCCCGGCAAGCCCAAAGGCUUCCUCACACCACUCUUCCGAGCAUACCGCAAACCGCUCCAGCAGCGAUUCCUCCAACACCAGCGCUGCGCAUGGAUCUGAAUACAUGCACUCAAAUACAACGCAUUGGAGAGAUGAGCUCAACUACGGUCACCGUCGUGGUGCCAGCACCGAGACUCAGAGAGAACGUGAAGAAUUCGAAAUUGAGCUGGCAGAGCGCCGACGCAAGGUCCAGGAGAAGUUGCGGAGCGUAGCCGAGAGCGAAAGCCGAUCCACCAGCCCUGUCCCCGGCAGACAGACCCCCGACAUUGGCGGGAUCAAGGCUGGUAAUGCCUUCUCCAUCCUGAAGCACAAGGCCGGCAAACAGGGCAUGGGUAAGCCUGACCUCAAGGGCAUGAUGUACGGCAACAACGCCGGCUCUACCCCCGCCCUCGUAUCAGAGGAUCAAUGGCGCGAAGAAGACCGGCCCGGAUUCAACUUUGGCCGUCAUUCCAACUUUAGCUCUCCACAUGUGGGAGCCGACCGACCAAUUCGGUCUCGGGGGCCGACCGUCGGUCGUACUAGUAACGAAGAGUCUCGCGAAUCAAGUCGCAGCCGCGGUCCAUCCCCGCACAGUGGCUUCCGUUCUCGCUCCGGCUCUGACGCCUCCGGUCGGUCCAAGAGCCGCACUCGCUAUCGCGAGCGUGAUGACUUGGAGACCGUGGAUGAAGCGGCCUGUGCGCCCCACGGCACCUUUGUGAUCCCCGACAAUUAUCGGCCUCCAUUGGUACCCAGCUCAACACGUGCCUCGGCCGAUGGCGAGUCUUUGACAUACAAUCGCUCCACCUCCGCCGCAUCGGGUCGAUACCGCAGCACCAGUCGCUCGGGUGCCUCAAACUUCCAAUACGAGCGACCAUUCGCGUAUCCGCCAACACAGGCUUCCGCCAUGAUUGGGGCCCCUCCGCGAGCACCCCCUGCUGCCCCUGCAUACUCGGCGAAUGCCACUCCUCCGCUCGUCGAAGAGCAGUCACCCGCUGUGAAUCACUCCGCGACUGUAAGCAGUGCUCAUUCUCUGCCUCAGCGAGGACCAGCCACCAAUUUGCUACAGAAACGCAGCGUCAACAAGAAGCUCAUCUCUGAGCCAACUUUGGUAUCGUCCACGUCCAAUGUGCCUCUCGUUGGUCUGCCCGUGAGCAGCUCAACCUCCUCCGCUUCUUCGCAGCAAGGAGUCACCCCGCCCCCGCUGCCCCCUAUGAACCCUCGACGCCGUCGGGGCACCCAAACUAUUCUGAGUGCUUUCAAGUCCGACAAGCAUGAUUCGCGGGCACCCUCCCCGGCCCCCAGCAUGUCCGACGAGCAAAGUUAUUUCCCUGAUGAUGAAAAGCGCCCGCGCUCGCGUAAUCGUUUACGCAAAUCUACAAGUGAAACUGGCAGCCUCCACGCACGAGCCCGUCAGGAAGCUCCCCCUGUCCCAGUCCCAGCUCUGCCUCAGACCACCCCACCACCAAUUCCCGUCAACGACCUUCGAGUGGCCUGGGGCUUCAGCUCUCAGCAUCCGACUGAGCAAUCACCUCAGCAAAACAAUCCCCAAGUCACGCGUUGCCCCACCAUCCCACGCUCACCUUUGGUCUCUGACCUUCCCUCUCAGUCUGACUCUUCUUCCUUCACCCACCCUCCUUCAUACCCAUUUCACAACGAAGCUGCUUCAACAGAGCAUCUCGAAUAUCAGCCAGACAGAAUCUUCACUGCUCACACUGCCCAUUUACCCCCUUUCCCUGCUCAGUCUUUCUCAUUUUCUCUGUCACCCACUGAGCCUUACUCACCCACCCGGUCAAGCCAGCAGCUUUUCUGCUCCAACGAGGAGCCCUCUGGUGAGACUUUUGAUAACAACCGAUCUCUCCCUCCCCUGGAAAACUGCCCCCCGCUUCCACCGAUUUCUUCUAUCAUUCCUGACUCCAAGAGUCCGCCUCCUCCUUACUGUGAGGCUCGUGAGUUGGAACUUGAACUUGCAAGCGAACUUGUACAGUUCUCAGAGAGUAGUGGAAAGCAUCCCCAGUACGUUACAAUUCCGCUUGAAGGAGACGAGAAGACUGUUGUUGACUUUGUUGGCUUUCUUCCUAGUCCCAGUCACGUCGAGGUCCCCGCCGAAACCGAAGGCAACGACGCAAACGGCUCAAAACAGAAAGACGUGACGACCGAAGCCUCUGUUGCCUCUGUUGCCUCUGAGGACCCUAUCGACCGUUUUCUGGGUCCCGCAGACGAGACUCCCUCUUGGGUUCCUCGACCUUUAGCAAAAGAGGUCGUUGAGCCAGAUCACAUCGUCUCGACUACCGAGAUCUCUGCCCCUGAGACCCGUGGUCAGAGCCCUGCCCUUUCUGCGUCGUCUUCUCUUGACGUCGCCGUCCCCUCCCUCGAGCUCCCGAAACGGGUUCGUUGCCGAAGUGCCCGGCAAAGAAAGAAGAACAGAAAGGCGCGCAAGAUGGGCAACUCGGUAGUUGCCAACCGGGUCUCCGGCUCCCGCCCCGAGACCCCCGACAAGCCGGACACCGACAUUGUCCGCACCCUUUCUCCCGUCGCUUCUCCCGCGGGCCAGGCCACCGCUCCAGAGGGCCGCCGCAACAACAAGAAGAAGAAGCCCAAGCGGACUGGGAAGAAGAAGGAUGUACGCAAUGCCGAGCCAGUCGGCACAGCCCUUCCCGAGGCAUCCACGGAGCCUCAAAGCGCGGUCCUGGCGUCGCCUAGUUUGGAGUCAGGCAUCUCUUUGGAGGUGUCUCCUCUUGAGAUGGAGAACGUUGGGCCGUGUGUCGUGGAUACGGACUCGUGGCGCCGGCACAAGCUGGCUCAGAUGGAGGAGAAGGAGGACGAGGAGGCUGGUCAAGAGGCCGCCUUGCUCGAGACCACCACGCCCGAUGGUGGUGCUACCGCUCACUCUCGUCAAAUGAGUGAGAGCAGUAGCUUUCAAACGCCGAUGCAAGGUCAAUCGGUGUCCGUUCAGCGCUCGCAGGAAGAUGAUCACAACGCCGGGUCUGGUCAACCCUUGUUCGACGUCAAUGCUGGUGCUUCCUGGGCCCAACCGAUCUCUUUGUGCAGCUUCUUGCCUGCCUGUGGCUGCCACAACAACCCAAGCAGUCGCCGCCACACCUGCUGUUGCACUCAUGGCGCAGCUGAGUGCUGGUUCUACCCCGUCCCUCCCUUGGUGGUUCCUGAUGCCGCCCCCCAACAGUCUGUUGUUCCGGCUGCCUUGCACGAAGAGGCAAGUCGCGUGUCCCAGUCAGCGAGUCCCGAGUCAAGCUUGGGCGAGCCUUCUAGUGAGCCCCUCACCAAUCACGAGGGCUCAUUCUCUGUCGACGAGGCUUGCUUCAGCCAGAGCUUCAGCCAGGCUGACCUUCAAUCACCCAGCCUGUACUUCGACGCUGAGAUGAUUCACUCCGCGUCCGACGCCGAGACUGCUGCCGAGACCCGAGCUCAGGGCUCUGCCGUCAUGGCCAGUGAGAAGUCCAUUCAUGCCAAUCAGGCUGAAACCGCUGGGUCCCUGGCCUUCCAGACCGAGCACGUCAAGUCGCUGUUCGGCAACCCCGAGUUUGCGGACAUGCAGCUCCUGUUGAGUCCUGUCUCCCAGUGGGCUCCGGUCGCCUACCCCCUGCACAAGGCGAUCAUCGCAGCAAGUCCGUUCCUGCACAGCGUGAUGGCAGCUCGGAGACACUACCAAGGACCAGUUGACUGUAUCCGAGCGCUCACUGGCACCUCAUUCUCCUCCUCCGUCGCGUUCGCCAUGGCCCUUCGUACCCUGUACGGCCACCCUUUGGUGAACAACGAGACCCUUCGCAUGGUGACCUUGCAAGGUCUAGGAAUUUCGGAGAGCGAAACCUCGCCUUCUUUCUCGUUGGAGCGCGCAAUGGUCGACUUUGCCCUCUGCUACGCUGCUUCCGGUGCUUUCCUUGCCCGCCACGAGAUCAACAAACGCGGUAUCGAUCUGGCCAUCAGCCACCUUUCCUGGGAGACUGCCGAGGUAGUUCUCAAUUUUGGCAUCAAUCCAGCCAGCUACAUGGUCACCUGUCCUGAUGUGUCUUUCACUCCCAUGACUUUCGCCGGCUCCUGGUCGUCUUUCCACUAUGGCUAUCAAGUGCCCACUUUUCCAUCUGUUGAAAUUGACCACUUCCAUGACUUCCGACAUGUGCAGGCCAAACGGGCUCAAACAGCCGCAUUCCGGUUCAUCUCUGGCGCCAUCACCCCAAGCUUCAAGCUUUAUCAUCGCGCCCAGGCACGCUUCACUCCAAAUCGCAUUCCUGCUUCUCUACACACUCUUCCAAGAUCCUUUUGUACCAACUUCCGUCUUGAGGAGAUACAAUUCGGCAGCAUGCCUUCCUACACAGACCUUCGCCCUACCGAUCCUGCCAUUCUCGUUCCCUCGGCUAUGUUGAUCACUCUCCCAUAUCGUGUUCUCCGGGGUCUGACCACCUUUAUGAACACUCAAGGCAAUCUGACCAACGAGCUUCUUGAGGAAGUGAUGGACGUACGCGAAGAACGCCGUUUGCAUGCACUGCGCGUGGCCAUUCAUCGUGGACAUUCCCGGGUCCAUCCUGAUACCUGGGAAGAGCUGGGAUACCAGGAGUUUAUGAAUUACAACGGCUCCUGGGUCAAUCGUGAAUGGAUUGAGCGUCCUGCGCCUGGCCGAGUUCGAGUCGGACAUACAGUGCCGUUUGCUCACCUGAUGACUCCUCUAAACACAACCGACCAUGCGGAACCGACCAGCACAAGCACUGCUGAGGCCGGGGGCAGCAACGACGUCAGAAACACGGCCAACAACGAUGGUGAACAUAUGCGGACCCCUUACCUCCCAAACCAGGAAUCUGGCUAUUCCUCUUCUUCUUCUCUUCCUUCUGCCACCCCCUCUGCCGAUAGCCAUCUCACAUGGGAGAAUGACUCCCCCCUCUGGACCGUCCAUACCAUCUAA